UACUGGAAUUAGGAAAUCGGAGGGAUGGGAGAAUGUUUUCUGAUUCAAGUGGAUUCAAGUUUAUGUCUAGUCGUCGUGUGCUUUGGUUUAUUCUGAUUAUUUGUCCGUAUUGAAACAAUUCGUGUGAUUGAUCGGCUCGAGUCUGGUAUGAGCAUCGCUAUGAACUUGUUUAGAAAAGCCCUAGGGGCACUGGAGAUUUCAUAUUUUUUUCAAAAUAAUAAGUUUCUGUUCUUCUUCGUUUUGGUUGAUUAAGAGUGCAGUCGUACGCAGAAAUUUCGAGAAACAAAAAUUCAAAUCAAAUGUUCUGUUCAAAUUCUUGGUUUUGCGCAAAUUAUCUCCGAAUGAAAAGUAAAUUGCUGCACGCAAUGCUCAGGUACUUUGGAUUCGUCAUCUUUUUACUCCUCGAGGACAUCAGCAAGGAUAAACGUCGAGUACAUGUGAUUGAAAGAGACUUGUCAGAGCCAGCUCGGAUUGUUGGGGAGUUAUUACAACCUGGUGGCUACCUCAAGUUACUGGAGUUGGGACUUGAAGAUUGCGUGGAGGAAAUAGAUGCUCAGCGUGUGUAUGGUUAUGCACUUUUCAAGGACGAUAAACGCAUUCGGCUGGCGUAUCCCUUGGAGAAGUUUCACUCGGAUGUGUCCGGAAGGAGUUUUCACAAUGGGCGCUUUAUUCAGAGGAUGCGAGGGAAAGCUGCUUCUCUUCCCAAUGUUCAGUUAGAGCAAGGAACUGUUACUUCUCUUCUAGAAGAGAACGGCACAAUCAAAGGUGUGAGAUAUAAGAAUAAAGCUGGAGAAGAGCUAACAGCAUUUGCAGCCUUGACUAUAGUUUGUGACGGUUGCUUUUCUAACCUUCGCCGCUCUCUUUGCAAUCCCAAGGUAGAGGUACCCUCUUCUUUCGUCGGCUUGGUACUCGAGAACUGUCGUCUGCCAUACGAAAAUCACGGACAUGUUGUCUUAGCCGAUCCUUCGCCGGUUUUGCUCUAUCCGAUUAGUAGCACAGAGGUCCGGUGUCUGGUCGAUGUUCCUGGUCAGAAAGUGCCUUCUAUUGCAAGCGGCGAAAUGGCAUACUACUUGAAGAAUGUCGUGGCUCCUCAGAUACCCGCCGAGAUUUACAACUCUUUCAUCGCUGCGAUCGAUAAAGGAAACAUCAAGUCUAUGCCGAACAGAAGCAUGCCCGCUUUGCCUCAUCCUACUCCCGGGGCUUUACUAAUGGGAGACGCAUUUAACAUGCGCCAUCCUUUAACCGGGGGAGGAAUGACCGUUGCAUUGUCCGACAUUGUCGUCCUACGCGAUCUUCUUAAGCCCCUGCGGGACCUUAAUGACGCUCCCAGUCUCUGCAAAUAUCUUGAAUCGUUCUACACUUUGCGUAAGCCUAUGGCAUCGACGAUCAAUACUUUGGCGGGUGCACUGUACAGAGUGUUCUGUGCGUCGCCAGAUCAAGCGAGAAACGAGAUGCGACAAGCCUGUUUCGAUUAUCUAGGUCUCGGGGGCGUAUUCUCUAACGGGCCGGUUUCGUUGCUCUCAGGUUUGAACCCUCGACCGAUGAGUUUAGUAGUCCAUUUCUUCGCGGUUGCGGUAUUCGGGUGUGGAAGGUUGUUACUCCCAUUCCCUUCGCCUAAACGCUUAUGGAUCGGAGCGAGAUUGAUCUCGGCAGCGUCGGGGAUUAUAUUUCCGAUCAUAAGAGCCGAAGGAGUGAGGCAGAUGUUCUUCCCUGCAACAGUCCCUGCUUAUUACAGAGCUCCUCCUCCCCCAUCCGAAUGGCAGAGCACAAAAACAUCAUAAGUGUUGUUUGUAAGUUCCACUUUACUUUUUUACAAAGUAAUGUUCUCUCUUUGUGAGUGCGUUCCUCUUUUUUUCUUUUUUCUUUUUUUUUUUGGCAAGUGAAUCGUAAGGGGCUUUUUCAGGUGAGAGAAAUUAUUUUUUUUUUGGACUUUUGCAUUGGAUAAACUUUUUUUUCUUCUUCUCUUGAGUCAGAUAUAUAAUUCAAAUCAUUUUGAAAUUUGUUGCUAUAUUUUUUUAGUAUAUAAUAAUGUCAAACUCGUAAGCUAUAUUUUAAA